AUGAGCACAAAUACGAAUGAUAUUGAUGUGACUCUGGUCGACUAUUUUGCCGUCGCUGGUUACGAUCCAGAUAUUGGACUGGUGGUCGACACUAAAUAUGAUUCGAAUCAUACACCGGGCGAAUCCCCUGGAUGUUCUGCAUCAGCGUUUCGACCGCCUCUCCAAAGAUCCUUCGUUGCUAAAAUAAUCAGUCAUUUUCCGCAACGAAGACCCGGAAAUCCGUUUUCUGAUGAUAUCCUUCAUUUAUGUAUGCCGCGAGGUCUUCGAUUUUAUACUGAAAAAGAUGUUCCCAAGAAUCCCAUGGUUCACACUUUUGCAAACAUAAAGUACGACGGCUCGCGUGUCAACGGUACAGCAAUCACAUUUUAUGAAGAAGUGAAGGAUGUGAUGAUAUGCGAAGCAAUGGCUCAGUUACAACAGGACCAUGUAAGAGAAAUCACUGCAAGGCAUAAUGGAAUCGUUGAGAAGCAACAAAGAGUGCACCAUCCUCCUGGAACUGUUUCAGGUGGAACUCACACUUUGCCAAGAAAUCGAAGAGAUCGGACGAAGCGAAUCUCUUACUACGAGGGUGGUGGUCAUAAUACACUUUUCAUGUCCCGAACGAUUUGCGUGCUCUCUCGACUCCCCCUUGUGAAUUCCACUCGCGCCCUGCUCUCUUCUCUUCAUAAAAUAAUUUCUUCUCCAUCAUCUCCAACUCUACCUCUGGAAUCGUACAUUUACUGGUGUCUUUAUGAAGUUCCAUUACCGUCUCCUAGUAUGACUCUCAAGAUACCACUUCUAGACACCAUGAUAGUAGUCCAACGGCCUGGUCCCAAGGAACUUCCAUUUUUCGACGACUCAAUUGGAAGCAUUUUUGAUUUUCUUCCUGUCGAAAAGUUCAUCCGAUUGUUUUCUUGCUUUCUUCUUGAACAUCAGAUUCUUCUAUGCUCCAAAGAUCUUUCUCGACUGAUGACAGUUUGUGAAUCAUUGCUAGCACUCUCCUUUCCUUUUCGAUGGCAGAUGACCUACGCUCCAGUUCUUCCUUAUUCAAAACUUGAUUUUUUCGAAGCUCCAGUUCCCUACGUCAUGGGAUUGUACUAUGAAGAUGCUGUUCCUGAAGAAUUGUUCCAAAGCAAUGUUUGCGUCGUUGAUUUGGACACUGGACGAUCAGAACUUCCGGAAGACGUUCCGGUUUUUCCUGGCGCACGACAACUGGCCAACGAUAUCAAAAGUGCCAUAGAUAGGCUGUCGGGUGCCGAGAAAAUGUUAACAUCUGUAUCAACUGUUCGAGGAGAGCUAGAAGACAUUGCCGAAGGAGGAGUCAAAAUGAGGAAGAAAAACAAAAGACCUGAAGAUUGGGCUGUGAAGCGAAUGAGCAGAUCCUUCGACCUUGAAGAUGGUAGUGCGAUGAGCGAAGAACUCAGUGGCAUGAUGCGCCGCCCUUCUCGUACCGGACUACAACCACUGCCUCUAGAAAAUGUGCUUCGAAACAAUUCUACAUUGGCGAGAGUGGCAGAAAUUGCUCGCCGGGCUGGUGUCGUCGUGGAUGUGGGAAACAUAGAAACGGAGUUUGCUGGUACACAAAAUUUAGACUCUCCUCUUGCAAGGCACUAUUUUGUGGACGCCAAAGUGAACAACGCUAUCCGCGAGUGUGUUCUUAAUCGGUUCGUCGAGAUGUUCUAUUCCUACGAGCACUUUGUUAUCGGUGGUCAAGGCUGUGAUGAUCGAGAAUCUUACGAAGCCAAUCGAGAGAGUAUGGCCAGUUUCGAUAAAGCAUCUUUUCUUUCGGACCAACCGGACAGCCACUUAGCGUUUCUCGCUGCUUUUCUCGAGACCCAAAUGUUUACAACAUUUAUCGAUUCGAAGAUUCUCUCACAAUGGGAGACUCCAGAUGAGGGAGUUGUUCUUUUCGAUGAUCGAAUUGCUGUUAUGCGUGAUCUGCUUGGCGUUUCAAUCGUUCGCACCCCUACCUACGAAGCAACUCCUCUUUUCGCUGCUACAGAAGAACUGAUUUCUAAGCGAGAAGAGACGACGGACUAUGUGGUUCCAGCUCCUCACGCCCUUGCUGGUGCUUUCCCUGUCCGAUACGAAGGAGCCUGGCCGGUACAUCAAUUGAACACCACCUUGUUGGAUGGAGCCAACUUAAUCAGUCCUGCACCAUCACCAUGGAGACAGAGGUAUCCGAGGUUACGCUCACAGAAGGAUAGUGGGAAUGGAAAUUCUGGAUCACAGUCAGCGCGGCCAACUAGCGUCUACGGUGGAGCUGGAUUGAUGCAGGUGGAAUCCAGUCAGCAGAUAGCACAACAACAGUAUGCAUUCGUCCAGCAGCUUUUGAAAGAAACGAAAGCGAAAACAAAGAGGAUGCUGGUAGACAAAAUGGGAAAAGAAGCCGUCAAUUGUGGUCAUUUGGAUCCAACAUUUUCGGGCGUCGAGGAGAACACCCUUGUCGCUUCGUUCUGUGAUCUUCUAGAAAGGAUAUGGGCCCACGGUUUGAAGAACAAACAUGGAAAAUCGUCUCUCUGGAAUUUCGUUCUUCAGCAUCAGGACUUUGAAAAACCAGGACUGUCGACAAGAGCAUCUUCCACUUCAAUGCUCACUCCAGAUAUACGAGGAGCGCGUGCUCCCUCUCUUCCUCCUGGCCCUCCUCGACGUAUGCCCAUAGAUGAAGUUCCCGCCCCAAUCAUUCUCUCCCCUCAAAAUAAUACAGAUGUGCUCACUGCUAUCAGUGAUAUUGUGGACUCGUUCCGCGGAGCACAAGAAGAACCAUGGAGCAAGUCACUUCUUCGUGCAGCUACAUCGAUCGUUGAGAAGUACAAGAGUGGGGAGAAGGAUUCCAACGGGAAUCCGUUAGGCGUCAACAACACUACGACUCUUCCACCACCCCCUCGUUAUCCCCGUUCCCAUCCGUCAAUUGUUAGAGCCCGGAAUCAAUCAGUUGAACCAUCUGGAGUACCAUCUGGAAAGUCAAUGAAGAAAUCAACUAGUAUUGGUGAUUUUACAAAUCCCUCAUGGAACGGAUCCCAAACCGACGUAUCGAAUCUGGGUGGCUAUGCGAGUGUGGAAGGAUCUCCACGAAAAGUUCGAUCACAAAGCCGAGCUAGGAGUCCAGAUGGAGCAAGGGUUGUUCUCUCGCCUCUUCCCACCCACGUGGCUUAUGAUUUGAAGUAUGAAGAUCUUGUAGAAAGUCUCGUAUUCAUCUUUUUUCAGAAAUGUUCUUCGGAUGACCGAAAUCAAAACAGAUAUCGGCUAUGCUCGUGCGUUCGUUCGAUUGGCUCUCGAAAGAAAACUUCUACACAAGCAUCUGGGUGCAUUGCUCAGCAAUUCGCGAGUUCUGAGCUCUACAAACCAUACGCUUUUGUUGGCACCGACGAAGAAAAGGAGCAGUUUCUGUACUACAUUUUGACUUUGAACGCAGCUCAAUUCAGAUGUUUCACAAAUACGUUCACCAAAACAAAAAUGGACUAUCAGGUAGUAAUCGUUACGGGAUCCGGUCGUGGAGCUAUUCCUGCCAUCUGGGUUACUGUAGAAGGAAGUCUUUGCUCAACACCUCCAAUUAUGCUCAAGCCCAAUACUCCUUUGUUCAAAUUUGAUCAUAAAAAUCUUGGUCAAUUAUCAACACUGCGAAUUGGCCAUCAACAGAGUGAGAAGCCGAUGCAAUGGUUCUUGGAAUAUGUUUUGGUUCGAAAUGAAAUCACUGGACAAACAUAUAAAUUCCCUUGCUCGAAGAAAUUCGGUGAAGAUCGGUGGUUCGGUAAUGGGGAAGAUAUCACACUUGAACGGAUGCUUGUCGCAGAACCUUUCAUCGAAUAUGAUGGAAAUGAUAACGGGAUCCCCGAUGAGCCUUGUUCGCCAGCAAGAACUCGGCGGAUGAGUUCCAGAAGCCAAACGCCACAAAGAGAACGAAGUCCUUCGAAUGGGCGGUUAACUGAAUCCGGAUCUCGCUCUAGAAAAACCAAAGUAAGUGAAGUCGAGCACAUUCUUGUCGAAGCCGUGAACGCACUCGUCAAAUAUUUCUGCUCGGAACGAAAAGUGAAAAGUGAACUGGCUCAUUUGCUUUGCGGACAAAACGGUCUUGUUUUGGCGAUCGAGCAAGCUUUCCAACUUGGUCGACAAGAAUCUCUUCUGAAGUAUUUUAGAAACACUUGUCCCUGGGACUAUAUUGAGCGAGUAUGUUCUUGGUUCUUCGAACUGUGUCGUAAGAAGGAUGUAGACAAGCUACCCAAAGAACAAAAGACGAUGAUCCACCAUGCGUUGAGUCUUCUCUCCAUAAAACGACCCUUAUGUUUCAGAUUAUAUCGAAAAAUCGACGUUUGUCCACCUAUCUACUCAUCCAUUUCCAUCGCUUCUGGAUCGUUAUCGGUAGACCAUAUUUUACCGGGACUCCUCCCACUUAUGCGAUAUUCCCCUGUCACUGCGGACAUGUACAAUGAACCGUCGUUCCUUCGAACUCCUGCUCACAUGACCUACUUUGCCAAACUCAUGUAUUCCCUAUCCGAGUAUAACAUAACCAUUGACCCGAGUCUAACCUAUGGAAUAUCCUAA